AUGUUCUGUUUCUUUGCACUAAUCACAUUCUUCAAUUUAUUAUUUUUAUGCAUUGUUGUUGCCAUGUAUACAUCAAUUAGAUCUGGAAUAAAUGUGAUGGAUUGCAUUCAUAAUGCUGAGGGAUUAAAACGAUAAACAAAUUUGUUGGCAUGUGUGCACCAAAAAGGCUAUCACAUUCUCUCUUGUUCCAUCUUCAGACAGGAGAUACAAGAUAUGAUAUAUAAUGUGAUAUAUGAUUAGUGUUCCAACAUGGCAUUGAGAUUCUGUGUCACAUGAGCCAUUGCCAAGAAAGCAUUUGGUGCGACUUGUUCUUAAAUCUUACUCUGUUUGUUUAUGAGCUUAAAAUGGCACUAAGAGGUAUUUGGCAACUUCAGAAGCUGGUAGUGAGCUACUGUGAUUGGGGAGGCAGUAGCAGGGGUUUAAGGGUAUGUAUGGAGUCUCAUUUGCCAGCUCUCAAGGAGGUCAAUCCCCAUCUGCAAGUAGUCACUGAGCUCAAUCGUGGUCAACAUCCAUUCUUGAAGGGAUUAUACAAAAACAAGAAUGAGCGGGUUGUAUCUGUUAAAAACUUGGCUCCGGAGGAAAUUCUCUUACAAGCUACAAGGCUAAGGAAUUCACUUGGGCGAAAAGUGAAGUUGAAGACAAGACAUGUUACUAAACACCCAAGUGUUCAAGGCACAUGGAGUACAGAAUUGAAGAUGUAAGCCAAGUGGUCAAAUAUGAAAGGACAUGACCUUUGGUUUGUUUUCUUUGAAUCCUGUAUUUUGGCACUGCCAUGCCAUGUAGCUAGGUUUUGAUAGCCAAACUUGAUAUAUAUUGAAUGAUCCACUGUUUUUUGGUGAAACUGCUGCAGUGGUGGCUUUUUAAUUUGGUUCCUCUCCUAGGACUCUGAAUUAAUAAUAUGUUGCCGCAGACAUUGGUUUCAUUUUAACA